AUGGUGCAGAAGAAGCCUAAGAAGAAGGUGGGCAAAAAGGUAGCGGCCGCUCCUUUGGUCGUGAAAAAAGUUGAACCCAAAAAGGUCGUGAACCCACUCUUUGAGAAGAGGACCAAGAACUUUGCUAUUGGCCAGGACAUCCAACCCACAAGGGAUCUGUCCCGAUUCGUAAGAUGGCCAAAAUAUAUCCGCAUUCAGCGCCAGAAGGCAGUGCUACAACGCCGUCUCAAGGUGCCACCACCAAUCAACCAGUUCACCCAGACACUUGACAAGACCACAGCUAAGGGAUUGUUCAAGAUCCUUGAAAAAUACAGGCCAGAAACAGAGGCAGUCAGAAAAGAACGCCUAAAGAAGGCUGCCGAAGCCAAGGUUGCCAAGAAAGAUGAGCCUCCACCAAAGAGGCCCCUCACUCUCCGUGCUGGCACUAACACGGUGACCAAGCUGGUUGAGAAGAAGAAGGCACAGUUGGUUGUCAUCGCACAUGAUGUAGAUCCUAUUGAGCUUGUGCUCUUCCUUCCCGCCCUCUGCCGUAAGAUGGGUGUUCCGUACUGUAUUGUCAAGGGCAAGUCUCGCCUGGGAGCUCUUGUCCACCGCAAGACUUGCACGAGUGUAGCGCUGACACACGUUGAAUCUGGCGACCGCGCAGCCUUCUCCAAGGUCGUAGAAGCCAUCAAGACCAACUUCAAUGAACGCUAUGAAGAGCUCCGCAAGCACUGGGGUGGUGGUGUGCUUGGUAACAAAUCCAACGCGCGUAUCGCUAAGCUAGAAAAGGCGAAGGCUCGUGAGCUAGCACAGAAACAGGGCUAA